ACAAUCUCUUUUUGUGAAGGUGAAUAUGGAUGGAAUUCCAAUUGGAAGGAAGGUUGAUCUGAAUGCCCAUGAAUCCUAUGAAAAGUUGGCAAAAACUCUGGAAGAUAUGUUUCUCGAAUCGACCCCAAGUGUCAGUCAAGAUCAAGGGCGCUGGAGCAUGGCAUGACAAACAAAUUAACAAGAACUUCAGAACUGCUGGAUGUAUCAUCCAACUUUGCGCUUACUUACAAGGACAAAGAGGGUGACUGGAUGCUUGUUGGCGAUGUUCCUUGGGAGAUGUUUGUUAGUUCCGUGAAGAGGCUUCGAAUCAUGAGGACAUCUGAGGCUACCGGAUUGGCUCCAAGAUUACAAGGAAGGAACCAGAGACGAAAAUGCAAGCCCAACUAGAACAUCAUUCUCUCAAGUGGGCCAUAUAGGAUGAAUAAGACAUGCUGCAAGCAACAUACAAAUGCAAAAAACAAAUACAAAUAGUUAAAAACCAUAAGUUUGAACCUUCCUACUUCUCAGUUUGUUCCCGAUUCUUGUAUCAUUUCGUUACUUGUUUUCGUCAAUCUCAAUUUACAGGUUUUGAAAAGAGCAAAUGUCUUUGUUUUUAAUGUAAUAUAUUCACACAUAAGGGUUCCACUUCCAUAUAGAAGUAAAAUCAUACGAGUUUUUACUACCCA